AUGUCCACGCGGCGGGCUGGCUCCGACUUAGUUAGAUUGCAGCGUCGUCUGUGCGAGAGCGCGGACCUCGGGCACGUCGCAUGUGGCGGCAGGCUCCCCUGGCGCCCAGCCCGCAGGGGGUUCAGCUCGGCUGCGGGACAGGGCGCGGGCGCCGUGUCGCACGCGACCGCGCCGCCCCUCCAAGCGACUGAGGCAGGGGCCAAGCCCGGUUUGCUCCAGGUCUACAUGAAGCUCUCCAAGUUCCGUCUCAGUAUGCUGGUCGUGUCGACAGCAUGCGCCGGCUACGCGCUGGGGAGCCCGAAACACAUCGACUGGGCGGGCAUGGCAUGGACUGCGGCGGGCACGAGCGCCGCCGCGUUCUCAGCGAACGCGUGGAACCAGGUCAUAGAGGUCGCGAACGACUCGCUCAUGAAGCGAACGCGGGGGCGGCCGCUUCCCAGCGCGGCGAUAUCCCGCGCCCACGCGGCGGCGUUCGCAACCAUCACGGGUGCCACCGGGCUCGCCGUGCUCGCGACGCAGUGCAGCGAGCUCGCCGCGGUGCUCGGCGCCGCGAACAUCGGCCUGUACACCCUCGUCUACACGCCGCUCAAGGUCCGGUCGCCCGUCAACACGUGGGUCGGCGCGGUCGUGGGCGCGAUCCCGCCGCUCAUGGGCUGGGCGGCCGCGACGGGCUCGCUGUCGGCGGGCGCCUUCCCGCUGGCGGCGGCGCUCUACUUCUGGCAGAUGCCGCACUUCAUGGCGCUCGCGUGGAUGUGCAAGGAGGACUACCGCGCGGGCGGGUACCGCAUGCUGUCGCUGCUCGACGCGACCGGCCGCCGCACCGCCGCGUGCGCCCUGCGCAACUCGUUCUACAUGCUGCCGCUCGGCGUGGCCACCGUCGCGCUCGGCGUCGCGGACGACUGGUUCGCGCCCUUCGCCGUGGCCGCGGCCGCGCCGAUGACGGUGGCCGCGGCCGCGUUCUGGCGCAAGCCCGAGUUCCAGGCCGCCAGGGGGCUGUUCAGGCACUCGCUGUACCUCCUCCCGGCAUGGAUGGCAGCUCUCGUCGCCGCGCGCGUCCACGUCCAGGACCAGCAGGUCCGGCCGUGGCUGGCGGACACGGUGCACCGCGUCUCUGGCGCGUCGCUCGUGCAGCGCAUGCGCGUGGCGGGCAUCUUCCCGGACAUGUCGUGCCCCUCGGCAGUGUACUGCGAGUCAGAAGGCCGGCUCCGGCGCAGCAGCCGCGCCGACGGCCGCUGA